AUGGCUGCAAUGGAGAAUCAGGGUGCCCAGCCACCCAUGCGGGCCACUCGAUCCUCCCUUGCUUGCGCGCCGUGUCGUUACAAGCAUUUACGCUGCGAUGGAAAGAAGCCAGUUUGCACUCGAUGCUCAGUUGGUAAGAAAGAAUGUACCUACCAUGCAUCUCGACGCCGGGGAAACCCGAGGUCAAGGCUAUCCCAGGAGUCUUCGACUACAACACUUUCCGAAAGUUCCCCGGCACCUGCUUUCGAUGACCAGGGAUGUUUCAAUCUUCUGCCAUCGGCAACAUUCAACACAAAUCAUGUGCAUUCAUCACAAGCAACUUCAGAGUCCAUAACGCUGGGUCUUUAUUAUGAGUUUUUCCACUCAGCUCACCCGUGCGUCCUACCUCGUCAGUCUUUGAACAAUUACUCCAAGGGACAAGAAAUUCAACCACUACUACUGGUAAUGAAUUAUAUCGGCUCCUUAUUCGCAACUUCGACAUCUACGGAGUCAUUACAGCAAGAAAUACAGAACUAUCUGGUCAGUCUUCGAAGCAGGACCCGAUCCGUCACUGGAUUUGACGUGCAAGCUGUACUGCUUUACUCAAUCGCCAUAUAUUGGUGCAAUGAGCCGGAUACUGGUGUGGACUUGCUGGAUGAAGCCAUUCGGCUGGCCUUGGAGCUUGGGAUAAAUCGACAAGAAUUUGCCCAAGAGAACAGUCGAGGCGAUCCUAUUCUAGCCGAAAGCUGGCGACGCACUUGGUGGCAAAUCUAUAUUACAGACGCCCAUAUCGCCGGGAGUACUCAUAAAUUCCCAUUUCGUACCAGCAAUAUCGAAAUGACUGUGGAUCUCCCAUGCGAGGAGCUUGAUUAUGAAUUAGGCAACAUUCCCAGGCCUAGGUGCCUCCAAGAAUACGACAAUCGCGAAUUCUUCUCAGACGAUGAAGUUGGGUUCUCAUCGUAUGCGGAACUCAUCGGACUGACGAGGGGAAUUGAUCAAGCUUUGUUACCCGGAGCCACAUCGAAUGUCCAAAUGUACUCUUCGAUGUGCUCAAACGCCGACACAAGUGUCACUGCCUGGCAUUCCUUUCUACCAAACUCCAAGAGAACUAUUUUACGUCCAGAUGGUACCGUCGAUGAAGUUAUGUUCAAGGCAGAAUUUAUCAUGGAUACAUAUACCGUUGAGAUCCAUCGGCCGAUGUCGUCUCUUGCGUACAGUGCGAUUGAAUCUGUAUCCCGCUGCGCUCCACGGGCUCCUUCAAAUGAUUUCAAUUGCAGUAACUCGGCCGAGCGUCAAUUGCACACCAUGAAAUGUCUUGCAGCGAUUGACAAGCUGGAAUAUCUCCUCACGCUUCCCACGAACAUCAGCGCCCACUCACCAUUCAUCAUUUGCAUGCUAGCCAAUGUCACCAUUGCACAUCUUUCUGCUUGCCGCUUUGUCCUUGAGGGGCAAAAGCGUGCCCAAUGUCGGGAGAAGAUUCGGCUUACUAUGGGAACCUUGAAGCGUCUGAGUGACUACUGGACACUGGGGAAACGAACAUAUCGAGAAUUAGGUAUUAUUGCACGGGAGAUACUGUGUUUGAUGGAUAAUACACUCGCUCCUGCGCCUGAACCUAGACCGCCGUUGGAUGAAAGAUUCGGUGAAGGAGCGGUUGAUUUGAAUUCUUUAGGAUUAUUACCAGGGCCGGAUUUUGAUUUCUGUGCGUUUUUCGAUUCAAGCAUAACAGGAGCUAUGGAAGAGACCCGGCUAUUAGUCUAG